GCGCGUCUGACGGCGGCACACGGGCGCACAGAGCCGGGCACAGACAGGCGCACAGAGCCGGGACACGGAGGAGCAGAGACCCGGGACAGAACCCCUAAAACUGAGCCGCUGGGACCCCGCGGCUCCGGAUGAGAGACCCGGCAGAGCAGAGACCCAGACCCGGGGCUGGACCCGUCCUCCUCUGAUCCGGAUCAGUUCGUCAGACCUCAGUGACUCGGUUCAACCCCUGGGAUUAAACAGAACCGAGCUCCGAGACCGGGUCUGGAUGAGGUCCAUGUGGUCCUGCGACGUGAUCCGGAUCCUGUGACUGAUCGAUCGGUGUAUUUAUUGGGUAUUGAUUGAGGACCAUGGUGGGGGACAUGGAGGGAAAGGACCGACCCAGACCCAGUCCGGAUUAUCUGAUGCAGCUCAUGAACGACAAGAAGCUCAUGAACAGUUUACCGAACUUCUGCGGGAUUUUCCAACAUCUGGAGCGGCUCCUGGACGAGGAGAUCAUGCGUGUCAGAAAGCACAUGUACACUGACACCCUGAGCGGGUCUUCGGACCGCGGUGGCCCUGACCUUCCCGAAGGCGUGGGUCCAGUCGUCCAACUGCAGGACAAACUGUUCGUCCCCGUGAAGGAACAUCCUGACUUUAACUUUGUAGGAAGGAUUCUGGGACCUCGUGGUCUUACAGCGAAGCAGUUGGAGGCGGAGACAGGAUGUAAGAUCAUGGUGAGGGGGCGGGGCUCCAUGAGAGACAAGAAGAAGGAGGAGCAGAACCGAGGGAAACCCAACUGGGAGCAUCUGAACGAGGACCUCCACGUCCUCAUCACGGUGGAAGACGCUCAGAACCGAGCGGAGAUCAAACUGAAACGAGCCGCAGACGAGGUCAACAAGCUGCUGGUUCCCGCUGCGGAGGGCGAGGACAGUCUGAAGAAGAUGCAGCUGAUGGAGUUGGCGAUCCUGAACGGGACGUACAGAGACGCCAACAUCAAGACCUCCUCCCUCGCCUUCUCUCUUGCAGCCUCUACACAGACUCCUCGAAUCCUCUCUGGCUCUGCCCCUGUACUGGCUCCACCCACAGCUCUGCGUGGCCCCGCCCCUACCGGCCCCACCCUUGUGCCUCUGAUUCGUCAGAUCCAGACGGUCUUGCCCAAUGGGACACCUCACCCCGCUGCCUUGAUGCCGCCGCCGGCCGAGUCCGGUCUGAUCUACGCCCCGUACGACUACCCGUAUGCGCUGGCUGCGCCCGCCUCCAUACUGGAGUAUCCGCUGGAGACGGUGGGCGGAGUUUUAGGUAAGCCAGCACCCGGCCCCGCCCCCUGCUCCUGCGACUGCUCCCCUACACCUCACCAUCACCACCAUGGCCAGUGGAGCCCCGCCCCCACGCUGCUGCUCAGGCACGCCUCCUGAAACAACUCAAACUGACCCCGCCCCUCUCAAAAACAAAAUAAACUCCUCCCAGUAGCAUUGUAGUCAGAACAGCUAAACCAGGACCAAGUCGAGACCCGACGUGGUUUAGGAUCAAAAAAUAUAAAAGCUUUUUAUCGUAACAUAAGUAAAUUAAAAGCAUUUAAUGUAAACUGCAUGAAUAUUGUAGUAGAUAUUUAGCAGAUGCACCACCCAGAAUCUGUAGAGACUAAACUCCCCUGAAUCCUGAACCCAAUGGUGUGAUCUGAACAGCUCCGCCUCCAACAGGUGGAAACAAACGACUGAAGUUACAGGUUAAAGGUUUACAUCAAAUGACGGUAAAGACAUUGAAUAAACAGUUUAAUGUUUGGUCUGAAAUAAAAACUGAACUGAACCCGAGUAAAAGAACAGUCAGUUCUGACCUUUGGGGCGUGGCUUGGGGAUGGACACUGCCUCCCAGUGACUUAACCCCGCCCCCUUUGUGGUCCCGAUGUAUGCAUGACGGAUGCAGCUUUUCACAAUAAAGCAUCUGUCAACAUAACUACUGAUUUCUAAAGUUAUAACGUCUAAAACACUAAAAGGAUGAUUCAUUUAAAUAAAUAAAUAAUAAAUAGCAGCAGUUUGUCCACAGGGGGGCGCUGCUCUGACAAACACACUGGUUCAUAAGAUCCAGGGAGGGCGUGUUAGUGGAGUGUUGCCUGACUGGCUGCUGGUGUUUGUCCCACAGUAGUGUUUCUGUUCCUUUACUGUGCGACCAUGUGGACAGGUUACACCUGCCUUACCCAGAAUCCACCUCACCUCCAGGGGCAGCUGAAAACCUGAAGUUUAUCGUGAACCAGAACUUGAUGUUUCAGUCCAGACCAGUGCCAGCGCUGCGAUGUUCUGGACCAGAGAUCAUCGACGAAUCAGACGCAGAUCAAUAAAUAUCAAUAUCAAUAUUAAUAAAUUAAAUUAAAUUAAAUGUUAACAAUUAAUCCUGGUGUUUAGAAUCAACAGCAUUUUUACCAAAAAUAAAUGAAAUAGAAGUAAUUAGCAAUGAUUUACCAGCAGAAAAUUUGUUUGAUCUGCAGUUUCUAAAGAUUAUAAAUCAUCGCCUCUCAGAUUAUUAUUAGAGACCAUUGAACACAACACACUGUGAUGUUUCCUCCAAUCAGGACUCUGUACCAUAAUGUCAUAAAAAGGUACCUUUUACUGAUAUUUCCUACCAAUCGACUGCUUUCUGAAUUUAUAUUUGUGGAAUUAUUUUUAUGUAUUAUGUACAGAAAUUCAGUUGAAUAAAAUUCUAUCAAAUUGUUUAUACAAACUCCAUAUUAUUCUUGUACAACAUCCCCGGAAUUAUUUUAAUUACAAACUAAAUUCACAUGCAGACAUUUUUGUUGUUAAAUAAAGCUCAAAUAGAGUUUUGGACAUUGAUACACUUUCUGACAGUACAAUAUCUACAGUUUGUCCUUAGGCCCCGCCCCUCUAUCCCUACCCCUCCAACAACCCUCUGGAGGACAGAAAAUGAAUGAAUCAAUGAAUGAAAAACUCAUUCAUCAGUAAAACAUGAUCAAAAAUGAGUAACUGAUCAGUAAUGACUGUCAGGACAUACUGCUCCUAUUUGUAUAUUAAUAAAACCACAGGUGGAUUCUGGGAAAUGCAGUCCAGAUAUGUGAUGGUGAUGUGAACCAUGUGAGACAUUAACAUAAUCCUCUUCUGUUGAUUGGAUGACUUUAUGGAUCCACCACAAAGCCAAUGAAAGACAACAGAAAAAACUACUAUUAUGUAAAAAAUACUAAAAUCUAUUUUAACUGCAAAUAAGUAGAAAAAGAAGAAUUUGUAUUUACAUUGUAUGUUUAAAAAAAUAUUAAUUAUCUGUGUUCAUCUGAUUUUUCAAACACUUUUCAUGUAAUUUAAUGCAAAUACUGUGAACAGGGAAAACCACCAGCCUCUGUCCACGUUAGCAUCGACAUUUUACAAAAAAUUAUCUGAAAUAUUUGAACUCCAAACAGUAAAAUCCAUAAACCUGUGUCUCACUGUACGCCGAUGACAUACUGCUUUAGAGUUUAACAUGUCGAAGUGUCUGAUGAUCAUAGAUGAAGUUUAGAAGGUUAAGUUAAAGUUAGUGUGAGCAGAUUGCAGACAUUUCCCAUCAACCCCUGGGCUUUAGGUAAGCUAUGCUUAAAGUGUCGACUCUGAAACGUCAGAAACAACGUUACAGGAAAUGAUGAAUUGUUGGGUGUUAUUGAGCGUUUCAUGUAAGUUGGUUCGGGUCGGUACGGUCAGUUCGGAAUGGUACGGCCUGGACUGGAGUGUUUCCACUACCACAUUUAUCCUCACUUGGUAGGCGGGGCUAAGGACAAAUUCGGUGGCACUGUGAUGUCAUACUGGUGUGACGACAACAAAUGCAACAGAACUAACAACAACAAUGGACGACGUCCAGCAGGAAGGAGUGACUUGUUUGUGAGCCAAUUAUUGGACUUUACUGGGUGUACGUUGGUGUAGCUCCGCCCACUAUUGGUUCCGUACCAUUUUCAUAUGGGUCUCCAACAGAACAGUACCAA